AUGUCCGAUCCUAUUGAUUUCGGUUUGACUCUUUUUCUCAAAGAAACACAGCUUCAACAUGGUUUGAGAGCAGAUGACUAUGUUCGUUAUAGCCAUUACGUUACAAGGCGCCUGGCCACACUUCGGCGGCAGCUUGGUCUUUCUAACGAGAAGAAGAAGUUUUUAAAAAAGGGAGUGACGGUUCACAACGCUUCUGAUCCACGCCAUUUAAUGCUCCUAGCACUUUAUGCAGAUCGAUGCUGGGCAACAGCGGAGUCGCUGCGCGAGCAACGUCAAUCCUUUAUCGAAUCACAAUCCAAAAUCAACAAGCCCAGCGGCGGCAUUCCACCCUCUGAUCAGUACCGCAAGCGGCUCAAUAAAUCCGUGAAAUGGGCCGAGAAGCUAAAUGCAAUCGCCAAAAGUGUUGCCUCGGCUCAUCUCCAGGCGGAAUGCGAGGCCUACCUUCUGGAAACCAUCGGGCGUGUGGCCACCUCUCAAAAAGACUUCAAAAAGGCAAAGGCGUCCUUUAUGUCCGCGCGUGCGAUCUAUUUCGAUCUUCUUUCCCGCCGACCCGACCCCGAGGAGGCAAACCGCGUGUUAUCGCUCAAGGUGAGUGAGAUGGACGAUCGUGUGGUCUACAGCAUGCAGCAGCUCCGCGAGGACCUCACGGCAUACAACCCGGCCUCGCUUGCGCUGAGCGGAUGCUACGACGCCACGACGACGCUGCACUGGAACGGGCACGAGCUGAGGGUGACCAACAUCAAAGUGCGCGACGCCCUGCGCGAGGCCCGCCGUGUCCCGCUCGAGGCCAUUCAGGCGAAGCUUCUUGAGGGCGACGACGUGGUCCCUGUCGGGCAGGUCCACAAGCUCCUCGACCUGAUGGACCGCCGCAUGAGCAGCUACAACGACGCCCUCAGCCACGCCCAGCAGGAUCACCGCAGCGCGCUCGAGGACAGCCGCUCGAAGACGGAGCUCCAGCUUGUGGUUCACUACCUUCUUUACGAGGUCGCGCAGAGCUCGAUGCAGCGCUCGCUCUUUCUUGCGGAAGUUCGUAGCCGGUGUUUCCAUGCUACAGAGCGCGUCCUGGCGUCUUCUUCAGCUUCGCCGAUCAACGCAAAGCCCGGGAGUGGCGGAAAAGUCAUUCGGCGGGCACGUGCCCACAAAAAGGGAGGAAUCACCCCGGCACAGUUCGCUUCGCCACUAGAGGUAGUUCGGCUCUACGAGGCGGCGAUGAAUGCGGUGGAGCAGAUGGAGAUUCUUCCUGGAAUUUCGGGUCAAGAGGACUUGGAGGUGUUGUCUGGGGUAUGCCGCGCUGGAAAGUUUCUUUACAUGGGUGAGGCUUUUCGUGUUAGUGGUUCUGAGGCUGAAGCAGAGGCGUGUUAUCGUGAGGUAGCGACUCUUUUAGACCAAGUCAGCACACCAAACGCAAUAAAGAUCCGCGAGUUAGCCGAACAAACCUCGUUGGAAAUGAAAGUUAACAGUAUUCUUAGACAGUUUUCAUCUUCUUCCACCCCCACUGCAUUAUGCACCCAGACGCAGCCCGAGGGCGUAAAUAGAUCGUACGGUGUAACGGAAUACCUGGCGGAGGUCUCCGGCAAUGAGAUUGUGGUAGCGAAGAAUGUGGUGCGCUUCCCGCCGGAUUACCAGAUAGUGGCAUGCAAACCUGUUUUUGUAGAUAUCGCUUCUACAUAUUUAGAUUUUCCAUGCAGUGCUGAGGACCUGGACUUACCAGAGAAGAACCCUCUUGUUAAGAAUCCCUCGCAUUGCGAUACGAGCGGCACUGACAAGACGAACGAUAACGCCACGAAGCCAGCGUCAACCGAUAAGAAAUGGCGUUGGGGGUGGAGUUGGUAA